UUUUUCCGCUCUCUCCAUCCGGGUAUCAUGGAGGGGCUCAGUGCCACAGGCGAAUGAUAGGGCUGAGGCUGGGCAGGCAUGGCGGUGGCGCUCAUUCAGGGCGCCAGUCGAGGGCUGGGCUUCCAUUUUUGCAAGCACAUCUUGGCCUCUCGGGAGGAUGCGCUGGUUCUCGCCACUUGCCGGCGGCCCUCGGAGGCCGACGCGCUGCGGGCCUUGCAGGCGGAGUUCCCGCGGCGCCUCGCUCUCUACCCGCUGGACUCCACGCAGGAGACGGAGGUGCGCCGGGCGGCGGAGGCGGUGGCCCAGGAACACGCGGGGCUGGACCUGGUCGUCAACUGCGGGGCACUGCUGCACCCACGCGGCCGAGGGGAGACCAGCCUGCGCGACGUCGCCGCCCAGGACCUUGCUUUGACACUGGCAACAAACUCUAUAGGCCCCUUAGUGGUGGCGAAAUAUUUUACUCCAUUGCUGUUGAAUGGAACGGGAGCAUUUGGACGUCAGAGUCCUGAUCCAGGCAAAAAGCAUCAAGCUAUCCUUGUGAACAUGUCCGCCAGAGUUGGAUCCAUAGGCGAUAAUGCCUUGGGCGGAUGGUAUAGCUACCGGAUGUCUAAAGCAGCUUUGAACAUGGCUACCAAGAAUCUCAGCAUUGAACUCAGGAGGGGAAAAGCUAAAGUUAUAUGUGUUUCCUUGCAUCCUGGGACUGUAGACACUGAUUUAUCCAAACCUUACCAUAAGAAUGUGCCCAAGGGCAAACUCUUCUCUCCAGAACAUUCAGUUAAUUGUCUUAUGAGUAUUAUAAACAAUCUUGAUAUGGAACAAACUGGGAAGUUUUUUGCCUGGGAUGGUUCAGAAUUGCCAUGGUAAUUAACAGUUCCCCUACAAUCUGAAGCACCUCUUCAGAAAUAGGAAACAACAGAGGCUAUUCCCAAUUACAAACUAUCUACAGACCUACUAAGAAAAUCCAACAAAUGCUACGGUCACCUCUGCAGGAGUCUACCGUAUACCGUGCAGCUGUGGAUAAGUCUACAUCAGGACCACCAAACACAGCAUUGCCCAAACACAAAUCAAGGAACAUGAAAGGCACUGCAGACUAACACAACUAGAGAGGUCAGCCAUAGCAGAGCACUUGAUGAACCAACCUGGACACAGUAUAUUAUUUGAGAACACAGAAAUGUUGGACCACUCUAACAACCAUGUCAGACUACACAGAGAAGCCAUUGAAAUCCACAAGCAUGUGGACAAUUUCAAUAUAAAGGAUGAAACAAUGAAAAUGAACAAAAUCUGGCUCCCAGUAUUUUUUUUAAAAAACAUCUGAAAUCAGGAUAGUAAAUAAAGAACAACACUCCGAAAACAGGAAUCCCAGACGUGAAACAAUCAGGGCCAGCUAACACCUCCUAACAAAGGACAAUAAGCUUUUACAGCUUCAACACGGUCAGAAUCAAGGAUUAUGAACAAGGUUUUUGGACGAAUGGAUUUGUGCACUCUUUGUAUGUUUUAAGUUUUGUAUAUUUCAUGUGUUUAAUGCCUAAUUGUUUUUCAUUGCUCUAUGUUUUACUUUAUUGUAUUGUUGUUUAUUGGCAUUGAAUCUUGUCAGAUUUGUAAUCCGCCUUGAGUCCUCUCAGGUGAGGAAGGCAGGAUAGAGGAAAUCAUGAAAUUGAACAAAAUCUGGCUACCAGUACUAAAAAAAACUCUAAAAUCAGAACAGUAAAUAAGGAACAACACUCUGAAAACAGAGGAAUUCCAGACGUGAAUCAAUCAGGGGCAGCUAAUGAUGCUGAACAAAGGAUUCCUCCAGGCAAGAAAAAGCCAGGACAUGAAGCUUGCAAGGCCAUUUAAUGCUAAUCAAGGUGAUUAAUUACAACAUCCACACUGGCCUCCAACAGAGAACAGUUCUUUCCCCCACCCUGGACCUUCCACAGAUAUAUAAACCUUCCUUGCUUAGUUUCUCCAAUACAGUGUUCCCUCACUUAUUGCGGGGGUUAGGUUUCAGGACCACACACAAUAAGUGAAAAUCCACAAAGUAGGGACACUAUAUUUAUUUUAAUAUUUAUACAUUAUUUUAGUAGUUAUACAUUAUUUUAAGUCUUUAUCAACCAAUCGUGUGUUGAUAAAUCACCUCCUUCUCCUCCUGUUGCUGCUUGGGCUCCUUUUCUUGCCCUUUGGCUUCUCCUUCCUCCCUUCCUUAGGCUGUAAAUUGUAAUUUUUUUAUGAUUUAUAGUAUUUUAGAGUUUAUUGAAAAACCGCCAAACAGCGAAUCCGCGAAAAGUGAACCACGAAGUAGUGAGGGAACACUGUAUACCUCACAACCUCUGAGGAUGCCUACCAUAAAUGUGGGUGAAACGUCAGGAGAGAAUAGUUCUGGAACAUGACCAUAAAGCCCGGAAAACAUAACAACCGUAUUCCCAAUUAAGUGUAUAAAACAGGGUCUGCAGGCCAGUUUUCCAAAGCUGAAGAAUGCACAGAAUCCUAAAUAAUAAAAGUUAGCCAAAAGGUGUUGGAUGACCAUUUACAGAUUGGCAAACAAUAUUUUUAAAUGUUAAAAUACCCAUGUAGAGAGAACGCAUGCAAGUUGCUUAAACGGUGAACUGCUAUACUUGAGAGGGUUGCAGCAGUGAGGAAUUACACUUUGCUGAAAAAUAAGAUUUUGGUAUAAAGGACUACAAUUGUAGAAGAUUGCUGAAGAGUUUGCUCAGGUUCUGCAAGGCUUAGAACUACGGAGACACUUCCCACAUAAUCUUUACUUAUGAAGGCUCAUUUUUACAUAUUUAUUUGAUUUUAUAUCCUGGUUUCCUCCCAUGAAUGGGACUUAAUGGCUGGAUUUCAGUAUACUAGCACACAUACAUAAAAGAAUUAAAAAACCAUGAUUCUCAAAGUGAUCGGUAGUCUUAAUCUUGCCAUGUUCUUGCAGAUGAGGAAUGGGGAAUCAGCUGCCAUCAUCCUGAUCAUUAAUUGUGGUCCCUGAGGCUGAUGGGUGUUCUCCAAAACAAUUGAAGAGUGCUUUAGGAAUGAGGCUGAUCAGAGGUUAAUGUGUGGCAUGAGAUGGUCAGGUCCCCAGAAUAAAUGGGCACCACGGCAGGAUAAAGCUUGGACCAGUGUUUCUCAAAUUGUGCUUCCCCAGGUGUGUUGGACUUCAGCUCCCAGAAAUCCCAGCCAGCUUAACAGCUGUUAGGAAUUGUAGGAGCUAAUUUCAAAACAUCUGGAGGAGUUUUGAACUCUGGCUUAGACCAAGGAACCAAACCAAGGAACCAAACAUAGACAUAAUGCCAUUCAAGCUCCUGUUGUUUUGAUUCCCUUGGCUGACUUACGAUGAUUAAACUAUUUUGCAAGAGUUGUAUAUGAACUUUUCACAAAGCUAAUUCAAAUUUUGCUUCAAGUAAAUUAAAUCCCUGUGGUGCUAAAUUAGACAUACCAGCUAUCUUUGAAACAUAUCCAAACAGUUUCAGUUCCUAUAAAAAGUGGCUAGACUGCUAACUAGGCUACACUCUCAGGAUCAUAUUAUGCCAAAAUUACAAGAUCUGGAGUGGCUGCCAGUUGUUUCCUGCAGUCAGAUCAAGGUAUUUUAUCUUUAAACCUUAAGUAGCUUUGGCUGGUGGAAAGCUAAUAUUUGGCUGUUCCAGAUAUUUGUAAUCCACACUGCAACUUCCAAUUGUUCAAACUGUUUGGGACUUCUCAGAGCUGAAAUCCCAAACAUCUGACCUGCCAAAGGUUCCCCAAGUCAGAUGUAGGGCCUUUCUGUUCAAAGGGACACUUGUCUUAGCAUCCAAUUUUUAGAUCUACAUGAGAGGUCCUUCUGAAGGUCUACUGAUGAGAGCUCAUAAGAAGGGCCUUUCUCCCCUUUUACUCCCUGGUUAUGAAAUGUGUUCCUACUCUAAGCUUUGGUCAAGCUUCAGUCCCAUCACUUUUGUCAAUACACAUAUUUUCAACUUGCUAUUUCCUUUAUGUUUCAUUGUUGGGUUUUGUUGUAGCCCAGCCUGAGGUUGGGCCUGUACAACCUGUGAUUGUUCCUACUCCUAACUCUGUGAUUGCUCCUGCAUCUGACUUGCCAAACGACUUUGAAUUUGAGCCAGAGAUUCCUAUGCAGCCAGAAUUGGAGGAAACUGCUGUCCCAGGCCAGCCAGAGUUUGGGCUGGAGGAUUCUGGGAACAGGCACACAAUAGUUCCUAGCUGGCAGCUUGAACCCAUUCCUUGAAGGAGUCAAUAUCGGGUUUGCCUUUGCCAGAUGGGCAUUCUAGUGAGGAUUUUUGUUGUGAUAAGGCUAAUGAGUUUGACCUUAGGAAAGUGAUUUAUCAGCAGAGGAGAGAACGGGAGGGUUUUCGGCACAGCCAGAUAUUGUUAUUCAGAAAGAAUAAUGGGCAGCCUUCCCACGGCAAGAGGCCUUGAAUUACAUUUGAGAGGAACUGUGUUCUCUGAUAAAUUCAGAGGUGGUAACUUUGCUCAUCAAGAGAGAGAUCUCUGUUUCAUGCUCCAUGUUCCUGCAACCUUGUGCCUUGAUUCUUGUUCCACUCUUGUCCUUGCUUUUGGGGAUUUUUGUGUAUCCAGUUGAUUUUCCAGUAAUUUGCGACUAGGAUUUUUGCUCCAGCCAAGACCUUGCCUUGUGUUCCAUCAUUGAUCCUGUUCCUUGGACUAAUAUUGGAGUGUUGUCUCCUGUGUUGCAGUUUGGUCUCCUGUGAUCCAGUUUGAUCCUGUGCCUUGGACUACCUUGAUACGUUGCUUGGACUAAUUUUGAUACCUUUAUUGGGGUUAACUUUGAUAUGCUGUUUGUACUCUGAUCUUUGAGUGAUUUUUAUAGACCCUUGCUUCAAGAUUUUCAAGUAUUUUGUUAUUUGUGGACUUAAACCUCAUUUCAUUGACUUUGAACUUUAUUUUGCUACUGCUUGCAUAUAAUCUUCAAUAAACAGCUUGCUUACUUAUA